GCUUUUCUUCAUCGAGGACGAGCAAAAAGUAAAGUCAGCUGUCGUCAUCGGCAGACAAGCUUCUCUCUCUCAAGUGGAGCUAGCUGUACCGUCAACUGAUAGACACACCAAGAAAGUGACAGAAAUUUUAGCUCAGCUUCACGUGGAAAGUUGCGCCCUAGAGACCUUGUGCUCUUCCACCUCCUCCUCCGCCGCGCACCAACAUUAGGGGAAUCUCUCCAGAAGCCACAUCUGCUGCGAUGUCAGCCGCCAACUUUGCGCCCUUUGAAGCGCCUCCGGACGAGAAGCGGCAGUCGGCACCAUUGGCCUCGUCUUCGUCUGCGGCGACGGCCCCUCCUCGCGCGCCGCCGACGGUGCCUCGCACCACGCUGGCCGACGAAGAAGACGAAGAUGACCUUGAUCCGCGCUACGCCACCGAAUCGUACCAGUCCUCGUACCCCGCCUCAGCCUCGGCCCCGUUCCUCGGAAGUGCGUCGGCGGGGCAACCAUCGCGGCCGUACAGCGGCGGAGGAGGUGCUGGAUCCUACAGAGAUGGCUUUCCUCACGGCGCCACGCCAACGUGGGCAGCCUCGGCGCCCGCCCAGCAGCAGUACAACCUUAGACCGGACCAUUCGAGCUACUCGACAUCGCAAGGGUGGAGCUUGAGCAACCUCUGCUUUGCAGCCUGGGCGCUGCCCCCUUUUUCCAGUGUCCUCAUGCUAAUCUUUGAGACGGAGAACGAUCUGGCCAGAUUCCAUGCGUACCAGUCGGGAAUCUGUGGGAUAGCCAUCGUCCUCUUCCUGUGGAUCCUCCGCUCGCUCUUCGGCUGGAAGACGCUGAGCAUCAUCGUGGGCAUGGCAGGUCUCGGCUGGUCCUGGGUGUGCGGCUCCACGGCCGCCAACUCAGCACCAACGUUGACUCGCGCGCCGUACCUACCCCAUGUCGGGCCUCUGGCCGACCAGUGGGUCGGUGAAGAGUGACAAGAGCAUCAGCUAUGGACAUUUUCUCUACCCU